CUCCCCUCGAACAAACAGUACUUCUGUAGGUCAUCUCCCUGAUACAUUUUGUGUUGCAUAUCUAGGUAUAGAUUCUCCGACUGUAGUAUCUUCUUUUUAUGGACAUCAUCGUCGACCUCUCAAUUCAGUUCGUUUCCUGGCACGACUUGCCAGAAUGGCUUCAUCCACACCCUUGAUGAGAAUUUUGAUAUGGGUGGGCGUCUUCACUCUCCAAGCGCUUGCAUUCUCAAGAAAUCGCACAUCUCGUCAAGCACCACCCGUCGUGUCAGAUGACCAACAACUUGUCAAGAGAAUAAAAAGACAGGACAUUAGUAAAGAUGUCAUAUUGCAUCCAUUUUCUGGUCGGGGUCUGCCGUACUUUACCGACCUGCUGUUCCCUGCACCAUGCGGGCAACCCACUGCUGGAAUGAAGAUAUCCAUCGACACGGGGAGCAGCGAUUUCUGGAUCGAUUCGCGGAAGUGGUGCAAAUGUCCAGUCAAAGACGCCGUAGACAAGCAGCUCUGCACGAGCUUGAAUAGCUUGAAGAAGAAGGGUGGAGUGACGAUCGAAUAUGACGACAACUCCAAAGUCACGGGGGCAUUUUUGGAGGAAGACCUCUUCUUCGGGAAGGAGGAGACCCUGGAAGGGGUCACCAUGAUGGCCGCAUGGGGCUUCGAGCCAGAGGCCAAGUUCCAGGGGAACAACGCCCCCACCGGCGUCGUGGGACUGAGCUUCAUCAGGAACCAGCAGGUUCAGAACCAACAGAAGUACUGGACUCUACCGUAUGUUCUCGAGAACAAUGCGAUCACGUCUUCCAAUGCAUUUAGCAUGUGGUUCGAGGAGACCAAGGACCAUGACGACUUCGAGGGCAAGAUCUUCUUCGGUGGAUACGUUACGAAUUACUACAAGGGAGCCCUGACGACCUUCCCGUUGCUGAAUGGUGCGUCCCUCAAGGUACCAACGGAAAUCGUGAUACAACUUGACGGAAUCAAGUACAAGGGAAAAGACACAUUUUACAAUUGCAAGGAUUCGUUGCCAGUUCUGCUCGACACCGGGACGUACAGUUCGUUCGUGCCCAUCGACAUCUUCAAAACUUUAGUCGACCAGAUCGGCCCCAACGAGAUCCACGAAAACAGCGUUCGUGUAUACGCCGUUUUUGAUUGUAAGCGGUUGGACUUGGAGGAGACCGUGGACUUCCAGAUCGGCAAACUAAAAGUCCCGGUCCCUCUGAAGGACCUGAUCCGCGAGGUGACCCAGGAAGAGAUCGACGAUAGAAAGUCACCAUGGCUGAAGAAGGGAAAAUGCACUACACACGCAAUCAACGCCUUCCCCUCUGCCGAGUCCCGUGCAAUUACCAAUGGCUUCCAGGGCCAGAUGCGACCCGUGGACCGCAACGAUCGCCACAUCCUGGGCGUGACGUUCCUUCGCCGCCUCAUCGUCCUUUACGAUCUCCCUCAGGGCGAAGUUGCAUUGGGCCUAGCUGACCAGGUGGCCAUGAAAAAAGUGAAGCCCAAGCUGUACUCCUUUGAUGACGUGAAGAGGCACCAAGGGCAAGGGCCGUAUAAUCCGGUGCAGGGAGUGGAAGAAGUAUGUCGUCGGGCUUGAUGAGAGUUACGUGUAAUUAGAUUAUGUUUAUUGAUAC